AGUAAUUGAGAGAAAGAGAGAGAAGCUGAAAGAUAAUCCUUUGCAUAUAUACUUACUAGGAGAAGGAUAGAACAAGGGGAGAAAAUAAAAAUAAAAAGAAAAAGAAAAACCUCAAAGCUCGAAGCCCAUGACGGGCCAAAUUCUUUGACUAGUUGUAGUUAAUCAUCAUCAUCAUCAUCAUCAUCGGAUCUUAUCUUCUGUUUUGCUAUGGAUCCAUUUGAUUUGGUUCGCAAAGGUUUUGGGGAGAAAAUGAUUUGAUAUAGCGGUGAAGUUCCGGUUCCAUGUAUACUGUAUUUAGCGUGUUUUAAAAGCUGAGUUUGGAAAUGGGUUUCGGAUAAAGCCUACUGCAAGUCAGGGGUGUUCUUUGUGUCAGUCGCUUUUUAUGCAUUUAGAGUUUCUUUUUCUUUCCUUUUUAGUAAAGAAAUGAGCUUAUCCAAGAAAGGUUCUUUAACCAACGAUACAAAGCUUAAUCUUCCAAGCAAAGCAACAACUUUGAACCCAAAUGCAGCAGAGUUUGUUCCCUAUUCCCUCAGAUCAUCUUCUUCGCCAUCUGGAAGUACCUCAAACACUGCAGAUGCUGCAACAAAAUUCACUACUUCUGGAACUGUAGGAAAAGCAGUGCUUGAUCGAUCAGAAUCAUCUGUUUCUAAUGCUUCUGAUGAUGAGGCCCAUCAAUUCUGGCGCCACCAGCUGCCAGAUGAUAUCACCCCUGAUUUUAAGGUUAUGAGCGACGAUGAGUCUCAGGGACUAGGAGGGCUCUCUUUAGCAGGCUUGUCUUUACAUGACAGUGAAGUGCCUAGGUUCCAUGCCUCCUCCAGAAGUGGAUAUGUAUUGACUGAGCAGCAGGAACCAUCUCCACGUCAUAUGAAUGGUAGCAGCUUUGGUGAAAAGAUGAGAUAUCCGUCUGCUUAUGGAGAAGAUCCUAGUUCAGCAAGUUUUCUGAAUUUGCCAACUAAGCCGUGGGACAAGCAAAUUGCAAACGGUGAUCACCUUCUUGGCAAUGGUAGGGAGAUACAUCCCUACAAUGGAAAUUCUAGACAUGGGUUCAGGAGUGAAAUAUUGGGUGAGCAUGCAAUAGUGGAUGAUACUGAAAUAAACCCUUUGGGGUUUUUGGCUUCACAAUUCCCUGGGUUUGCUACUGAAAGCCUUGCAGAAGUUUAUUUUGCAAAUGGUUGUGACUUAAAUCUCACUGUUGAGAUGCUCACUCAGCUAGAGCUUCAAGUUGAUGGCAGUUUCAAUCAGAAUACGAACUCGAAGACUUUGUCAGCUCCCAAAAAUCUCAGUGCACUGGACUUUCCUGCACUUACAGUGCUAGAUAAUCAGAAUGGUUCUUCAAAAUAUACUGGGGAUGAUCUUCAGCAAGCUAGUGUUCCUUAUCGAUCUUCUAACAAAGACAACAUGCUUUUAUUUAAACCUGGUGGUUCCUUUUCAUCUAGAGGUGCAGUGGAUUUUGCAUCAGCUGUCAGGAAAUUGGCAUCUCAAGAUUCUAGUAUGUGGAAGCAUGACAGAAAUGGUUCUGCUGAUUCCACAGUUGGCUCAAGCAGAAGUUCCCAUGUUUUGCCUAGUGCUUAUGGUGGUGGUCAUGGGAGAGGCAUUUAUGCAGACAGGCUGCAAAGUCGCGGGUCAGGUCGACAAGCUCCUGUCUGGCUUGAAACUGGAGAAGCAGUGGCAAACAUGUAUUCUGAGAUGCGGGAAGAAGCUCGUGAUCAUGCGCGUUUAAGGAAUGCAUACUUUGAACAGGCACGUCAAGCAUACCUCAUUGGGAAUAAGGCUCUGGCAAAGGAAUUGAGUGUCAAAGGACAACUGCACAAUAUGCAUAUGAAGGAAGCUCAUGGAAAAGCUCAAGAAUCUAUUUAUCACCAGAGGAAUCCAGUCAGUCUAGAGAUGCAGGGAACUGGAAGAGGACAUGAACAAAUGAUAGACCUGCAUGGUCUGCAUGUAACUGAAGCCAUUCAUGUGCUAAAGCAUGAAUUGAGUGUUCUGAGGAGCACAGCCCAGGCAGCAGAUCAGCGUUUGCAGGUCUAUAUAUGUGUUGGAACAGGUCAUCACACCAGAGGUUCACGCACUCCUGCAAGACUUCCCGUCGCUGUACAGCGAUACCUGCUUGAAGAAGAGGGCCUUGACUACACAGAACCACAUCCAGGGCUGCUUCGAGUAGUGAUAUAUUGAACCAGUGUGAGUUUUUUGACACGAUGCAAAAUCCAAGUCAUAGUCAUCAAAUCGUUCUUGUAUCUGUACAUGGAAGAUAUCGAAGAGAAAGUAGUUGAAAGCCUGAAAAAAGAAAAUAUGAAAGAAAAAAAGGAGGAAAAAAAAGGUGAGGUUAGGGAAAAGGUGAAAAAGGGAGCAGAAAUGUACCAUUAAGGUGUUAACAGGUUGACAGCAGGAUUACAUUUUGGUAGUGAUCAGGGAACCUACAUAAGCCGAAACUUUUGCAGCAUGUUAAUUUUGUACCAUAAAUUUUUUUUUUGUAACAUUCCUUAUCUUUUCUUUUUUAUUCUCAGAUGUAACUGAUAGAAUUGAAUUACAUGAUAGUACAAUUCAUCAAGCA